AUGCGUUACGCAGCAGCUUAUGUUCUUGCCACACUUGCUGGUAAUACAAAUCCUGAUGUAUCAACAAUUUCAAAAAUUCUUGGAAGCGUUGGAAUCGAUUGUGAUAAUACAAAAGCACAAAAAGUAAUCGAUGCAUGUAAAGGAAAAAAUAUUGAUCAAAUUAUUGAAGAAGGUACCAAGAAAUUAUCGAGUUUACCAGCUGGAGGUGCAUCUGUUGCAUCAACUGGUGGAGCUGCAGCUGCAACACCAACAGCAGCAGCAGCAAAUGCUGGCAAAGGUGCUGCUAAAGAAGAACCAAAGAAAGAAGAAAAGAAGAAAGAAGAAUCCGAUGAAGAAGGAGAUGAUAUGGGUUUUGGUUUAUUCGAUUAA